UGUGUGCUUAUGGUUGUUGUCCUGUUGGAAGGUAAACCUUAAUUUUGCUCUUGAAACAUUUAAUUGAAACACUGUCGAAUUCCAUUCAUUUCUAUGGAGGACUACUACUGGGGAGUGCCAAUAUGACCCCUUAAAUGCCAAUAUAUAGCACAGCAAUCAGGGUUUAUAUGCAUCAUUGGAUAGAACCCUCAAGGUUAUUUGCCUUCACUGGGUAGGUAGUCCUAUCAAUCCUAUCCUAUCAAAUCUAUCUAUCCUUCCUUUUUAAGUAAAGGGUUAUUUAAUCUCGUCCAAAGAACCAAAACGUUAUGUAUAGAUCCCCAAAUAACAUUUUUUUCUAAGAGCAUAAGCUCUACAGUUGCUACAUUGUAGGCAGUGGUGUAGUGGUACGGGUCAUCAAAAGUUGGCUUCAAAAGGCUCUUCACCAGGGUAAGUUUUUACAAUCUGAAAUCAAUAAAGUCAAAAACCAUGUUACACUGUGAUAUGAUUUUAAAGAAACGGCCUUGACAGGACAGAAAGGGUGGGACAUGUACUAUUAUUUAUGGUUGAGUGUUUAUUUGUCGACGCUUCCAAAAAACACUGGGUUACGUCAUGUAUUGGAACUUUGCUCCAAUCAGGACUCGCUCUGAACUAACGUCUAUGGCUUUGAAGCGGGAGGGCUCAGCGUCAAUGCUACCAACAAUGGCCGAGAUUCAAAAACACCGGCAAAGCGACAUCCACCAGCAAGCGGCCAACAGCCACCUGCAACAGACCCAUGCUAGGGCUACCUGAGAGAAGUUACUAUUGUGGUUUAGUAUUGGACAGUCUAUGGGUUGAUUCGGUUAGCUAAGCAGAGAACCCUAUAUUGACAAAAGGAGUGUCAGCAGCAAGACUAGGCGCUCUUGGAAUAAAAGAAAAAGAGGCGCCCAAAUCUGUCCCUUCAGUGGACGGGUCCCCUCUCUGCGCUUUGAGCGCCACUCUCGCGGAGCUACCGCAACAAUGGACUCAGGUCUCCACGGGGAGCUCACUCUGUGUGCCACAUCUCAGUGGGUCAGUGGUAGAUAUGCCUCGUAACGUGUGUUCUUUCCCAUGUUAACAUCGUUCUCUGGUAGUGUUUCCUUCACUCGCGUUUGGUAGGUCCAGGGGAAUAGGACUGAAGAUGCCUGGACGGAACAGGUACAAUCUGGUGGACGAUGUCGCGGAUUCGCGGGUCCCCCUCCAUAACGAAGAAGCGUACCAACACGGGAUACAUUUUCAAGCUAAGUAUGUGGGCAGUCUGGAUGUUCCCAGGCCCAACAGUCGUAUGGAGAUCGUAGCAGCCAUGAGGAGGAUCAGGUAUGAGUUCAAGGCCAAGAACAUCAAGAAGAAAAAAGUGAGCAUCAUCGUGUCUGUGGACGGAGUCAAGGUAGUCCUCCGGAAGAAACAGAAGAGGAAAGAGUGGACCUGGGACGAGAGCAAGAUGCUGAUCAUGUCUGACCCCAUAUACAGGAUUUUCUACGUGUCCCAUGACUCCCAGGACCUGAAGAUCUUCAGCUACAUCGCCAGAGAUGGCUCCAACAACUCCUUCAGGUGUAACGUCUUCAAAUCCAAGAAGAAGACCCAGGCCAUGCGUAUAGUGCGUACGGUGGGCCAGGCGUUUGAGGUGUGUCAUAAGCUUAGUCUGCAGCACGCCCAUCAGGGUAUAGAUGGACAGGCAGAUGGAGAGAGUGACAAGUCCACAGAGGACAGCCCCGCUGAGGGUCAUCAGUUGACAGGGGCGGAGGAGGAGGAGGAGGAGGGGUGUGGAGAGGAAGGGGAGCCCCAGGCACAGUCCCAGUCUGUGUGUGAGCAGGCGGUCAACGAGAUCCUCCAGAGUCUGGCCCAACUUAACGUGAUCCAGCCUGGACACACCAUCAUGGACUAUGAGAGCCGCUCCAGCUACAUGGUGUCUCCGAAUGGCGUGGUUUCUCCCAGCAGCCCCUGCUCUCCGCUUCUGACCCCGCUGGCGGCGCAUCACUACCUCCAGCUCCUCCAACAGCAGAUCCAACAGCAGCAGCAACACACACAGGUGGCCGUCGCACAGGUGCAGCUCCUGAAGGAUCAGAUGUCAGUGGAGACCGCAGCUCGUGUAGAGGCUCAGGCUCGUGUCCACCAGCUGCUACUACAGAACAGAGACCUGCUCCAGCACCUGUCCCUGCUGGUCACACAGCUCAAACAUCUGGAGAGCAAGGCACCGGGACCGGGGGAGAGACACACAGCUGGACUGGGACCGGGGGAGAGACAGGGUCACAAUGAUCAGGAGUCGUCAUGGACGACCAGGUCUCUGUCACUCAACCUGAAAAACCAUUACAGCUUGAGCAGCAUGGACCAGCCCAUCACCUCCACCCCUGCAGGGCCACUCCAAACCCCCCCCCUCACCUCUUCCCAGGUGGAUGGUGCCGAGUCCUACCUCAACCUCCUCAACCUGGAGAAUGGGACCAAACCACUGGGCUCUCAAAACGGGGGGGAGACGGAGACAGACACACUCAUCAGAAGAACAUCCAAUGGGAAGCCAGGGCGGAAAGACAGCUCGGAAGUGUCGUCAAAUGAGAUUGUGCGGUUCGAAACAAGGAAUUUGACAGCCCUGGAUGAAAGGUUUAAACAGAUCAUCCCUAAAUUGGACCCGCCUCCCCCGUCCUUCAACCGUAAGCGAGCCAGCCGAACUGUCUCUCCGGGGUUGGAGUUCAACCCUCUGACCAUGCCCCUGACCACACAAGUAGACGGGAAUGGUGGCGUUCCGAGCCGGAGCGAGAGCCUGUCCUUCCCAGACAUCACGCCCUGCUCCCUCUCUUCUGGACUCUCAGGAGACUUCCACCAGCUCAGCAACGGAGGCGGCGAGAGCGGCUCGUGCGGCUCAGCUAGCGAGGAUUCCGGCGUCCGCUCCGAGACUAAAUCGCAUCUCUCGCCCCUCCACGACGAAGAGGACCCGUUUGGGGACAUGGGGGCGUUCCUGACUGCCUCUAGCGGCUGUGGCAGCCCCCUAGAAGACAUGAAGGGGGAAACUGCGCCCCUGUCAUGCGUCACCACCACCCCAGGCACACACGAGGACAGCUACGAACACACGCUCCCCUUCUCCUCCCCCAUCAAUGACACCUGUCUGCACAUCAGCUUCUCAGAGGAUGAGUUGCUGGACAGCAGCCCUGAGGACUCCAGUGUCCCACAACGGAGCUAGGAAGGGGCUGGGAGAGCUACUACAGGCCGUGACUUCAUUAGAGGCCUCUGGGGCUGGGGGCUCCUAGCUGACUGACACUGAUGCUGCAACAGACACCACACAAUAAAAUGACUGACACAGACUGUUAUCAGAGCUUAUAACGCACUCUGAAAUGCAAUAGUGUUUUGUAGGCCUCAUUCGGUCCAUAUUCCUAAAAUGUUGAGUGAGCUGGAUUUCAAGACUAGUUUUUCUGUCCUUUCACAACACACAGCUGGACAGAAUUGUGCAUGACCUGAACAUAUUUCAACACAUUCACAGAAAAGGAACAUAAAAUGAUCUAUUAUUCUAUCAAUUAUUGCCACAGAUCCUAGGACAGAUCCUAGUAUUUUUAUAGAGAAUAAUGAUUUUAUUUGUUAUUAGUAAAUAAGUAGAGAAUUGAGAAUAAUCAUGUAGCAGAAGUCUUUCACUGUUAAUGUAGCCUAUAGUGUCAGUGACAAGUUAGAAGUCAAGAUGCUUUAAAUAUAUUUCAUUACAUACUCUCAACUCAUUUACAGGGUGUUCAACACCAAGCGUUACGGAAGUCAAAGUGACAUACUGUAGGAAUGUUGUGGGAACGUUAUGAGAACGUUGGAUGUAAAGUGCUGUGGCGUUGAGAACAGCUGCCCUCUCUCAGACAUCAGACUAUGAAGAGUUAUGAAGAAAGGAACAGGGAAGUGAUAGAAAAGGAACAGCGAAUGGAAGAGAAGUGGUGAUGGAACUGUGUUUGUGUGUUUGGUCACUCACACUCAUACUCACAGUGUGGUAGUUUGAUGAUGUGUGUUUGGUCACUCACACUCAUACUCACAGUGCGGUAGUUUGAUGAUGUGUUUGGUCACUCAUACUCACAGUGUGGUAGUUUGAUGAUGUGUUUGGUCACUCAUACUCACAGUGCGGUAGUUUGAUGAUGUGUUUGGUCACUCACACUCAUACUCACAGUGUGGUAGUUUGAUGAUGUGUGUUUGGUCACUCACGCUCAUACUCACAGUGUGGUAGUUUGAUGAUGUGUGUUUGGUCACUCAUACUCACAGUGUGGUAGUUUGAUGAUGUGUGUUUGGUCACUCACACUCAUACUCACAGUGUGGUAGUUUGAUGAUGUGUGUUUGGUCACUCAUACUCACAGUGUGGUAGUUUGAUGAUGUGUGUUUGGUCACUCAUACUCACAGUGUGGUAGUUUGAUGAUGUGUUUGGUCACUCACACUCAUACUCAAUGUUGGUUUUAGGGCUAGAAGAGGCAACGUGAUUGGCUGAAUGUUGGUUUUAGGGCUAGAAGAGGCAACGUGAUUGGCUGAAUGUUGGUUUUAAGGCUAGAAGAGGCAACAUGAUUGGCUGAAUGUUGGUUUUAGGGCUAGAAGAGCCAACUUGAUUGGCUGAAUGUUGGUUUUAGGGCUAGAAGAGGCAACGUGAUUGGCUGAAUGUUUGUUUUAGGGCUAGAAGAGCCAACUUGAUUGGCUGAAUGUUGGUUUUAGGGCUAGAAGAGCCAACAUGAUAGGCUGAAACAGCUCUGAUCUGAAAAGCUGGCAAAUGGUCUGAUCAGCAGUGAAACCUAACAUAUGGUUCCAAGUGGAAUGGUGUUAUUAGAUGAAUGGUGAGGCAUGAAAGGUGUAAUAGCCCCUCUUAAUGGCAAAAGGUUUUCAGGGAUUUUUAGCUUUGAUCAGAAGACCUACAGAGUGGAACGAUAAUUGGGAAUCAGCGAGAGGCGUCAGGAGAAAAGACAAACUCACUGAUGAAUUCGAUCUCUCUCUCUAUUUCACUUUCUCUAUUUAUCUAUCUAUCUCUCUGAAGUUCUGAAUGACAGGGUAUUUUUGCUAAGCCUGAGAGUUUGGGUCUCAGUUUAAAUGAAGGAGAUCGUGACAUUGCUGCUGAGUGUUUGUUCAUUUGGGGAAUGGGAGGAAGCGAGAGAUAGGAAAAAGUGUCAUAACAGGUUAAUAACAGGGUUAGUUCAGUAAUUGUCUGUAAACAUGGUCUCAUGGUGAGAAACAUGGCGAUUGUCUCAUCUCCAUACUUACACAGGCUUUCUGUAUGACAACUACAACAAUAACAGAUAUAUUUAUAUGCAUGACUAGUCUAGGGCUUUAUUUCUGGUUAGGUCACAUGGUCAAGAACAACUCCUGGCCUUAUGAGAGUGAGAUAAUGAGAUUGAGUUAAACUGACGACUUAAAAUGAAUUGAACAAUAGUACCUACUCUAAAUGUAGGCUUAUUCUGGAUGUCAGGUUGCGGUGAUGACGAGGUGG